AUGAAUGAAAUAGAUAAUAAUGAAGCAAGGAACGAUGUUGAUUCAAGUUUGAAAAUAUUAAGCAUAUUAAAAAUAUCAUCAAUUAUUAAAGAUGGAGAUAUAUCUAAUUGUAAAGAGUUAAUUUUAAAAAAUAGGAAUAUAGAAGAAUGUGAAGAGUUAUAUCAAAUGAAGAAUUUACAAAAAAUUGAUUUAAGUGAGAAUAAAUUAAAAGAUUUAAAGAUGGUUGAAAUGAAUUUAAAUUUACAACAAAUAAUAUUACAAAAGAAUAUAAUAGAUAAUAUAAAUUAUUUAAAUAAUAUAAAUAACUUGACAUAUUUAAAUUUGUCCUAUAAUAAAAUUAAAAUAAUAGAUCAUAUUUGUCAUUUAAAAAAUAUGAAGACAUUAAUAUUAGCAUAUAAUGAAAUAGAAAAAGUUCCGAAUUUAUCAAGUUUACAAAAUUUAGAAGUAUUAAUAUUAAAAAAUAAUAUGAUAGAAAAAUUUGCUAAACCAGCUAAAGAAAUGAAACAGCUUAAAAAAAUAUCACUUUCUUUUAAUAAAAUAAGAGAGUUUUUUUUUGGUUCUCACUUUUCUCAAGUACAAGAAUUAAGACUAAAUAAUAACAAGUUAAUAAAUAUUAGCAAGGAUAUAAUAUAUAUGACAAAUUUAAAACUUUUAUGUAUACAAAAUAAUUUUAUUAUAAAACAUGAUUUUUUAGAUUAUUUAAGUCAACUAAAUUAUUUAAAAAACAUCGUACUUUCAGAUAAUCCCUUUUUUAAAAAUAUGAAUGUUCAUUUAUUAAAUGAAUUAAUCAAAAAAUUAAAAUAUUUAAAAAAUAUUAAUUUUGUUCCAAUACCUGAAAAUAGGAAAUUUGUAAAUUUUCUUUUUGAUUCAUCAAAAAAUAAUUCGAUAAAUGAUGAAAAUUUAAAUCAUAUGGAUUCUAAACCAAAAUUUAAACAUAAUACAAAACAGUAUAAACAAAAAAUAAUACCUGUGAAUAAAAAUAGUCGCAAUAUUUUUAAGAAAAAAGAGAGAAACUAA